UUAAGGCCGAACGGGUGUUUUACUGCAGCAAAAGAGCAACUGAGAUAAGCACAAAGUCUGGGCAGGAAUAGGCAAUGCAAGAUAAUGGCAAUCUGUUAUAUGACAGAUCAACACCAAGGUGAAGGUGUCUGGACUCACCUGCUCUCCACGACGGCCCCGCCGCUGCUGCUGCUCCCGCUGCCCAUGCUGACCACUGCUCACCUGACGGCCGCUCGCUCACUGAACGCUGCUCACCUGCUGUGCGUCCUUGUGCCUCUCGCCCAAACCCAUCUGCCAGUCCACGCAAACUUCGACCUGUAAGCCGUCAUUGCUGUCUGCAGAUGGGAGUUGUCAAAUCCCAUCAUAAAUCCCAUUGAUGCACUCUGGAUUGGCUGUCAGUUGCAACAAUGUUCUGGAGAGUGUCUCAAACUGUGCUCAGGAUGGCAGGAUAUGAGACAGCACUGUGUCUCUCUCAGAGACGUGAGUCACGCAGCCGAGGACGAGCUGGAUAAUGGCUUAUCUCUCUCUCUCUCUCACUCUCUCUCUUUCUCUCUCUCUCGCUCGCUCUGGAGGUCAUCGUGUACAGCGAGGCUCUUAACGAGCUGUAGGUCACAUGACUCACUCUGCUGGCUCUCACUGAGCAUGCUCAGUUCACUGUGUUGUCAGGCAAAAAAGAAGACAGCACUGGAAUAGACGAGAUCUGCAACAGAUAAACACACAGACACAGAGAGAGCAGGAGAUGAAGCGUUAGUAUGGAUGAACGCUGUUAGUGCACAGUGAUUCUGCCUUAUCGGAUGGUUUGUGCAUGCUCUGUUUCUUAUGUGUUGUGUUGUUCAUCCGCUGUCCGUCGUGUCGGAGGAGAAGCAGCCGUCUGGCGGUCGCUCCAUCCUCGCUGAAGGAAGCACAGAGCUCAUCUUACUGAAGUCGUCUCCUGUCGUCCAGAGUGCCUGUUGUUUUGCGGUUUGAGCUGAAAUGGAUCAGAGAAGCUUCGUACUGUCAGAAACACGUCUGUGAACACCGGAGCCAAUGGAUAUUAAAGGCCAGUGCUGGACGGAUGAAGAAUCGGAUGGAGAGAAUGAAUCGGAGCAGUUCCUGUACGGGAUUCAGGGGAGCUGUGCAGCCGACCUCUACCGUCACCCACAGCUGGACGCCGAUAUCGAAGCUGUAAAAGACAUUUACACAGACAGCGCUGUGUCCGUCAGAGAGUAUGGCACCAUCGAUGACGUGGACAUCGAUCUGCAAAUCAACAUCAGCUUCUUGGAUGAGGAGGUGGCGACCGCAUGGAAGGUGAUCCGAACGGAGCCCAUCGUAUUACGUCUGCGUUUCUCUCUUUCGCAGUACCUGGAUGGACCAGAACCGUCUGUGGAGGUGUUUCAGCCGUCCAAUAAAGAAGGCUUCAGUUUGGGUCUUCAACUAAAGAAGAUCCUCAGUACAUUCACGUCGCAGCAGUGGAAGCACCUGAGUAAUGAGUUCCUCAAAGCCCAGCAGGAGAAACGACACAGCUGGUUCAAAGCUGGAGGAACCAUCAAGAAAUUUCGUGCAGGAUUGAGCAUCUUCUCCCCGAUUCCCAAGUCUCCCAGUUUCCCCCUGAUCCAGGACACAGUGUUGAAAGGCAAACUGAACGUGCCCGAGCUCAGAGUCACCCGGCUCAUGAACCGCUCCAUCUCCUGCACCAUGAAGAACCCCAAGGGGGAGCUGUUCAGCUACCCUCCGAACAGCCAGACUGUGGCUGUCCCGGCGGGCAGGGCCCCUGCGCAGAUUACCACCCGCCAGCUGAUUGAGUUGUUUUUCUCAUCCCAGGCGGGCGGACACUGCAAGAACAUCCCCACGCUGGAGUACGGCUUCCUCGUGCAGAUAAUGAAAUACUCUGAGCAGCGGAUCCCCACUCUGAACGAAUACUGCGUGGUGUGUGACGAGCAGCACGUUUUCCAGAACGGGUCCAUGCUGAAGCCCGCGGUUUGCACGAGAGAGCUGUGUGUGUUUUCCUUCUACACGUUGGGAGUGAUGUCCGGAGCGGCCGAGGAGGUGGCCACCGGCGCUGAGGUGGUGGAUCUGCUGGUGGCCAUGUGUCGCGCCGCUCUCGAGUCGCCCCGUAAAAGCAUCAUCUUUGAGCCGUAUCCGUCCGUGGUCGACCCCAACGACCCCAAAACGCUCGCCUUCAACCCGAAGAAGAAUUAUGAGCGUCUGCAGAAAGCACUAGACAGUGUGAUGUCUAUUCGGGAAAUGACGCAGGGCUCGUAUCUGGAGAUUAAGAAGCAGAUGGAUAAACUGGAUCCUUUAGCUCAUCCGUUACUGCAGUGGAUUAUAUCCAGUAACAGGUCUCAUAUUGUGAAGCUGCCGCUCAGUAGGCAGCUGAAGUUCAUGCACACAUCUCAUCAGUUUCUGCUGCUGAGCAGCCCGCCAGCAAAAGAAGCUCGCUUUCGCACCGCAAAGAAACUCUACGGCAGCACCUUCGCCUUCCAUGGUUCCCAUAUUGAAAACUGGCACUCGGUUCUGAGAAAUGGGCUGGUCAAUGCCUCGUAUACUAAACUGCAGCUGCAUGGAGCAGCGUACGGGAAGGGCAUCUAUUUGAGCCCCAUAUCCAGUAUUUCCUUCGGAUACUCAGGAAUGGGGAAGGGCCAGCAUCGCAUGCCCACUAAAGAUGAGUUAGUCCAGCGAUAUAAUCGAAUGAACACAAUGCCACAGAGUCGUCCCAUACAGUCGCGUUUCCUCCAGAGCAGGAAUUUAAACUGCAUCGCUCUCUGUGAAGUGAUCACAUCCAAAGACCUGCAGAAACACGGGAACAUCUGGGUGUGUCCGGUGUCUGACCACGUCUGCACGCGCUUCUUCUUUGUGUAUGAGGACGGUCAGGUGGGAGACGCUAACAUCAACACACAGGAGCCCAAGAUCCAGAAGGAGAUCAUGCGUGUGAUCGGCACCCAGAUCUACUCCAGCUGAACGGCUUUCCCGCAGAGACGGCCGAGACGGACUCGUUUCUGGGCUCCAAACUCACCCACGGGCGGAAGCAGAGAAGAACCCGGCGUUUGUCUCCCGCCAGCCGUCUUUCCUCAACUCUACUCCAUCUAUACUUUCUUUGGUCCUGUCUUUCGUAUGGGAUGCGGGGGAAUGAGAUGAAGGAAAACUUCACGAUAAGCCCCGCCCACAACCCUUUGACUUCAGCCGUCAGUCAAAAGCAGAGGGGCGCCUGAUUGGACGAGACGGCGCGCGGAGCGUGAAGUCGCAUCUGUCGCUCGUUUUCUCUUUUUCACAUCGCUUUGACGGAUCGUUUCUCACACUAAAUAUCUAUACACGUAAAAACAAGAAAGUCAUUUCAAAAUGUUUAUUGCGGUUUUUGCGUCUCUGGAUAGUAAAUGAUGAAUCUGUGCGUUUUGUUGUGUUCGUAUCUUCUUCAUCUUUCUCCUCCGCUGCUCUUUCUGACUGAUGACAUGUAUUAAUAUCCCAGAUGUAUUUAUCUCUGAGUUUCCUGCCGAAAUCAAUUUCCUGUCUUUUGUUGCUCAGCUCCGCUUACACGCGUACGAACGCCCGCCGUGAUUUAUCGCCCAGCAGAACACGGAUGAGAGGACGGGGACGCGUCGUUACUCAUGUUUAUGCUUUUAUCUUCUGGACGGCGCCGUCACGGAGUCGUCGUGACACGGUUUCGCCACGAGCUGAACGAACGACGGCGGACGAGUCAGAGAGGCUUUAUUUACAUUCGCAGACAUUCCCGAGUGCUUGUGGGUAAUUUCCACAAAGCUUUCCUCCAUUUGCCUGCAGUAGGAUGACAGACACUAGCAGCCAAACAUUUGGACACAUGAAUUAUUCAGACAGUUUUCCACAUGUUAUAAUCAUAGUCAAGUGUGCAGACUCUGAAAUCGAACAAAUGCAAGUCAAAACUCUUUUAAAUAAAAAAUGACAACAAAAGCGAAGACAAAAAUGAUUAAAAUAGAUUUAAUUAUAUUAAAACCAUUAAGAAUUUAAAAAAAGUUACCAAACAUUCGGAACAAGACAAAAGAAACAUAACAGUAAUCAACCAGAUUAUAAAAACUUAGAUUUGAAUGUGAAAUAAAAUUGAUUUAUGACAGUCAUGUUUGGGAAUAAAAUAAAAUAAAAUAAAAUAAAAUAAAAUAAAAUAAAAUAAAAUAAAAUAAAAUAAAAUAAAAUAAAAU